GAGCGCAGAGGCGGCGUGGCAUUCCCGGGCACGUAACCGCGGUCCCCGCCUGGCAGACCCCUCAUUAUCUACCCGGUGGUUAGCAGAGCGCCCCGCCGGCCAGGGAGAGGCGGGAGGUGGGCAGGGCCCCCUCGGAGCCCGCUGGGCGACGGCGAUCCUCCAGGAGUUUCCGGGGCUCGGGUUCCCGCGACCGUCCCGGGAAGGAGCGCGGAAGCGAGUGGGCGGCGAGAGGCGGAGCCAGGGACGCGGGGGGCGUGGACGCGGGGGGCUGGGGAAGGGCCCCAAGUUAAUGAGGCGAGCUCGGGCUGCCGAGCGGCUUUCGGAGCUGGGCUUUCCCCCGCGCUGCGGGCGCCAGGAGCCGCCUUUUCCGCUGGGUGUCACUCGGGGGUGGGGAGGAUGGCCCAUUCAAAAGCGCUGCGAGGAGGCCGGCCCGGUGCCCUUCGGUGAGCGCUCGCAGGAAGACGACAGCGGCUCGGUGACUCCGGGCGCUCGGACCUGGUGGCGCAAGAGGACGCGGCUACCCCCCUGUCCGGACCCGGCGCUGCCGCCACCGCCGCUCUGCCUCCUGCGUUUUAGCCUCCUUUGCGCGCUCCGGGCCGGCGGCCGCGAGAGUCGCUGGGGCGAGGACGGCGCGCGGCUGCUGCUGCUGCCCCCGGCCCGGGCCGCUGGAAGUGGAGAGACCGAGGCGAGCGGCGGGACCCCUUAUGCCGGGAGGAUGUUGGAGAGCAGCGGCUGCAAGGCUCUGAAGGAGGGCGUGCUGGAGAAACGGAGCGACGGGUUGCUGCAGCUCUGGAAGAAAAAGUGCUGCAUCCUCACCGAGGAAGGGCUGCUGCUCAUCCCGCCCAAGCAGCUACAACAGCAGCAGCAACAGCCCGCGCAGGGGCCAGCUGAGCCGUCCCAGCCCGGAGGCCCGGCUGUGACCGGCCUGGAGCCGCCGGUCAAGCUCAAGGAAUUGCACUUUUCUAACAUGAAGACAGUGGACUGCGUGGAGCGCAAGGGCAAGUAUAUGUACUUCACCGUGGUGAUGGCCGAGGGGAAGGAGAUCGACUUUCGGUGCCCGCAGGACCAGGGCUGGAACGCGGAGAUCACGCUACAGAUGGUGCAGUACAAGAAUCGUCAGGCCAUCCUGGCGGUCAAGUCUACGCGGCAGAAGCAGCAACAUCUAGUCCAGCAGCAGCCGCAGCAGCCGCAGCUCCAGCCCCAGCCCCAGCCUCAGCCCCAGCUCCAACCCCUGUCCCAGCCCCAGCCCCAGCCCCAGCCCCAGCCCCAGCCCCAGCCUCAGCCUCAGCCCCAGCUCCAGCCCCAGCCGAAGCCUCAGCCGCUCCACCCGUACGCACAUCCUCAUCCUCAUCCUCAUCCACAUCCACAUCCACAUCCGCACUCGCACCCGCACCCACACGCGCACCCGCACCAACUACCGCACCCGCAUCCCCAGCCCGUCUCGCAGCCGCACGGCCACCGGCUUCUGCGCAGCACGUCCAACUCGGCCUAAAGGGGGCAGCACCAGGGCCCGACGAGGUUUUGAGUACUUGAGCAAGUGGGACAAGCACAUUUCUGUUGUCUUCAUUUGGAUGGAAAACCUAAAGCCUCCCCGCCCGCAGCAGAUCAAGUAGAUCACCGGCUAAUAACUGGCGAAUCCUCUUAGUUUCCCGCAUUCUCUUCAUCCCGGUGCAGAAAAACAGUUGCGAACCCAGAAGGCUUUAUUUAUGAACCUCUGAAAGGACUUCCCAGUAUGGUGGACCUCCUAGGAGCGAUGAUGUACUGUAAUUUUAUUUUAAUGUAUUUUGAUUUAUUUAUUAGUUUUUGUAAAUGCUUGUUCUAAGACAUUUCUGAAUGUAGGCCAAUUUUCCAAAAAAAAUCUUUUCAAGAACCGAUUUCCUAAUUAAUAAGUUCUGAUCUUGGAAAAGCAAAAAAAAAAAAAAAAAAAAAAAAACUUCAAGGGCGGUGGUGAGGAAAACGUUAAGAAUCCGUUCAUUAUCCCUAGGGCGGUUUCAGAAGGUCUGACACUCAUUGUUUUGCCAGGCGGUUGGAAUUAAAUUCUGCGAUGUUACUUCUUUUUUAUUUUCCUGGAGAUUUUUUUUUCUUAGACAUAUAUUUUGUGUAGAAUAGAAAUUCAAAGAAGCUAAAUGUUUGGAAUUGUGUAGUUUGAAAAUUUGAUUGCUUUUAUAAAGGGAAAUCAGUAGUUAUGAAAGCUGAUUCAAAAUAUUUUUAUCAUAGCCCAACUGAUGACAGGAUGAUCUUAUCAUGAAAAUAUAGUGAGGCCAGUUUACUGUAGGAAAAGCCUUGCUUUAUAAUACCUAUGUCUGAACGGAACCGAAAAAAUAUUUCUUUGAUUUCUGA